AGGUGCGCGACCUGAGUAAACACGAGAGUGUGCUCGUUGCUCGUUCGUUUUGUUUCCAUUCCAUCGGGAGUUCGACAUUCGACAGUUCGAGAGUGUUGUUAGUUUUAGUUAGUCAGUGUGCAACUUUGGUUCCGUUCAAUCUCUUGCGAAUUUUGAGUGCAAAGAAGCCAGGGUCGUGGCCACCCUGAGAGACAAGAUGAUCUCGCACUUCGUCAUCUUCACGGUACUGCUGCUCUACGGCGCUGGCGCCCUCGGCCAACUGGUGGACAAAGACUUCGCGCCCACGGUCACAGCCACUUGCAAGGCAGGUCACAUGACCAUCAAGGUGGUCACCAACCAAAAUUAUGUUGGCACGAUCCACGCCCGAGACUUCCGGACGUCCAACUGCAUGGCCGUGGGCAAUGGCACCACGGUCACAACCCUUGAACUGAACCUGUUGGCGCCAAAGAACGCACCCGGCUACUGCGGGGUCCUCUACAACAAUAAGGCGGACGAGCGGUCGGUACCAAUCGCGGUGCGCAUCCACAAGACACUUGAACUGGCCGACGACAAGUUUUACGUCAUCACCUGUGGCAAGGCCGGCUUCAAGAACUCCAAGAACGAGACGGCCUUGGUAAAUUUGGCGUUGUUGGAUGAGGAAAAGCAGGUUAACGAGGCCGUGUAUGGACGCAAGUACACCCUUCGAGCGUCAACCUCGCGGACAGAUGGUAAUUAUGGAAUUAGCGUCAAGUCCUGCUUCGCCUUCAACAAGCAAAACAAAACAGAGCUCAUUGACGAUCAAGGGUGCCCCCUGCAAAGUGGCGUUAUUUCGCGCUUCAUCUACAAUGACAAAGUUGGCGCCUCCGAAGCAACUUUGUACUCGAUGUUCCGUUUCCAGGACAGCAACGAGAUUCACUUCCAGUGCGACCUGGCCGUGUGCAAGGGUGCCUGCCCCGAGCCCAGGUGCGAUGGACAGAGCAAGGCACUGGCCGACGAAAGUGCCGAACAAAACGGAGGGCUUUUGGCCAGCACUAACGUCUUUGUCCUGGAACCUGGACAACCUUCAAUUGCUGCCCUCUGCUCUGGAAUCCACCCUUCCUGGUUGUUGUGGCUUUGCGUGGCAUUCGGCGUGCUCUUCCUCAUCAUGUUAGUCAUCAACAUUUUCCUGUGCUCGGCCAUGUCUUGUGCCUGUGCCAGAACCGAGAUUAUUGAAAAAGACCCAAGCAUCAUCGAGGAGUACGAUCCCUACAGAACUUGGCAGGACUCGCACUAUGGAUCCAGAUAUUCUCUGAAUGCUAAGCCAGGUUACAUGUCUGGUGGCUCGACGAUGAACUCGACGCAUUCGGUUUCGACCAACAGUGACCACUACGCAAUCGUCCACUCGCGGCCUGGCAGCAGGUACUCCGGCCACCAAAACAGGGCCGGCUCAGCAAUGGGUUCACAUUAUUCGGGAAAGUGAGCCACGCAGAAUGAAAUUUUAGCAAAAUACUGCCUUGCCAUAUUAGAAAACAAGAGUGAAAGAGCUUUGGAAAUUUCCCGCGGCAGUGUUCUUUGGACCCAAAACAAGUGUUUGCGAGUGAGUGAAUGAGUGCCGAAGAAGAAAAUGGAUCAAUAUUUUUUAUAACAAUCGAGUGCAAGAUGACCAGUAGACGAAGAUGAAGUGUUUCUGAACAGUUUUCAUACAUCUAACUACUUAACUAGAAUCUGGAUUAUUUUUAUUUUUGUAGAUUAAAACUGUUACCUUAUUUGUCAGAAAAUAAAACAAAAUUAUAUAAUA